AAAAAAAAUUGCUUCAAGGAUACAUUGACUCGUGCAUAAAUAAAUUUUAAGAAACAAUGUUACCUAAACAACAUAUAGUUAAUAGAACAUUGUCAAUCUCACUUAUUAUCUCAUUUUACAAUUACAUGACUUAUUACAUUGUGGACAAUUAUGAUCAAUGAUAUCAUAAUUGUCGUAAUUAUUUAUAUGCAGCAAAAUAGCAUGUAUCAUUAUUGUUACAAAUUGGCACGUUGAAGAAUUUUCUGAUGUGGACGUUAUUCUAAGUUACAUCAUCUAAAACGAUGAACGGUGUAAUUUGGAACAAGGUAAAGAAGGAUUUUGUACCAAUUUCCAGCGUGCCAGUGUUUGCCAUAAUGCAACAAGAACGUUUCAGGCAAAGUCGAGCAAUGGAAACUCACAAUUUUCGACUGCAAAACUUAACACUAACGUCUUUCGAGCAACCGGCAUUUCUCGAAUUUUACGAUAACAACAUGAAAGUUACAGGACUCUGCGGUGAAUUAUGGAAUCUUCUCUCUGACAAACUGAAUUUUACAUUACAGCCAGUAAGAUCAAAUGAAAGUGGCAUGGGUAUAGUACAGAAUAAUGACGUAGCAAAAGGAUUAUUACGCGUAAUUUUGCACAAUGAAACUAUCGCAAUACCAAAAAUCGAAAUGUACACUGUUCUAAGUUUUAUUUCUGAUUUUACAAUGCCUUUAUGGAUGAACAGCCAGCGAUUGUAUAUUCGAAAUGAGGUAGUACACAACAGCACAUGGAUGGCAAAAGUGUUCUCGUGGAAAAUAUGGUGCUGUAUAUUGAUUAUGCAUUUAUUACUGAGCUUAUGCAGUUUUUGGACACAAAAUGUUCUCGAACGGAUAAAAAAUAGUAGUAGAGCCUCGUCCAUCAACGACCACAUUUUUUAUAACUUUGGAAUGAUCUGCAAUCAAUGUCACGUUCCUAGAAUUCUUAUUGGAAGAUCAAAGAUAGUAGAUAUAUCAGUGGGCUUUUUUUGUUCUAUAAUAUACAUAGCAUUUGGAGCUUUGUUAUUCGUUUAUAUGUUUCAAAAAAUUAACAUACCGCCAUUCAAAAAUCUGGAAACUCUGCUAAGUGAAACUACAUACAGUGUUGUCAAUUUGAAAGAUUCUCUUACAGAUGUUGCUUUUAAGGUGAUCUCUGAAAAGCCUUUCAUAGGAUUAAAUAAAUCAAACCGCAUCAUUAUUUCAUCAACAGUCGAGGAAAUGUUUAAAUUAGCAUGUAUGGAAGAUAAACAGAAAUAUACCAUAUUCCAAGGUGAAGAUGAUUAUAAAGCAAGAACUAAAAAUGAAAAAAAAUGUCAUAUGUCUCCAAUUGGAGAAUCCUACUUGAAGACAUGGAUAGCUUCUGGCAUUGUGAAGAACUUUAAAUACAAAAGAACUAUUGACCUUGGGAUACUCAGAAUAAAAGAAGUUGGAUUGUGGGAUGCGUUAACAAGUCGUUGGUUAAUAGAAAAAUACCAACAAAAAGAUAUUUCGACAGCGGAACCGAUUGGGAUGGAUCAAGUUAUUUUAAUAAUUUUAAUAAUGGGCAGUGGAGUAAUAAUAGCUUUUAUUAUUUUCAUAAUCGAAAAAAUUGCUUAUAAAUAUAAAUUCGGUCAUAAUAAUUUUUUAUUAUGAUAAAUGUAUUUUACAAUAAAUAUAUUUACUAAUAGUUAUUUAACUUGUAUCCAAAAAUUCUAUUAUAUUUCUUUAAAUGCUGUUAUUAAGUCAUAAUUAAUGCAGUAGUAUUAAAAUUUCAAGGAAUAACACAAUUAUUAAUCAAACAUGGUUAUAUAUGUAUGAGUAUCAUUAAAAUUACAAAAUUUUCUUGUAUUACAUGCUUUUACAUAUCUAAACAAUAUUUGUUAAUAUUAUGCAAGUUAUGUAACUUAUAGUUUCAUAAUAUUGAAAUAAAAAAAAUUAUAAAUCA